CUCUUACUUUUCACCCUCCUGUAGUUUCUGUGCAGCAGAAGCUCAUAUUUAUCGCGCGCGGCGGACUUCCUCACUCGCACGUAACAACAUGAAGUCCACGUUUUUGGUCCUUUUCAUCAUCUGGUCCGCAGCUGGAGAGCUAAGACCGCGAAAAGCAGGUUCUGGAGUUGUUUGUACUUUCAAAGACAAGACGUACAGCUAUGGAGACAGCUGGCAUCCCAACCUGGAGCCUUUUGGUUUCAUGUUCUGCGUGCGCUGCGUCUGCGCAGAGACAGGUCAUGUGAAGUGCAGCACGCUCAAGUGUCCAGCCCUGUCGUGUGAACACCCGGUGACUGAGCCUCAGCGCUGCUGUCCCAGAUGCACAGACGAGCCGCGAGUCCCCGCAGGCCUGAGGGCAUCGGUGAAAUCCUGCAGGUACAACGGGAGCAUUUACCAAUCAGGAGAGACUUUCUCCAAACAUGAUCUCUUCCCAUCCAGGCAAAGCAAUCAGUGCGUAAUGUGCACAUGCUCUAACGGAAAUAUCUUCUGUGCUUUGAAAACUUGCCAACCUGUCACCUGUUCCUCCCCUGUUUCAUUGACAGACACCUGCUGCUUGGUAUGCAAAGAUCAUGGCGCUGGCGGCUCAUCAUCAACAGAGGAUGGAAGCCUACAGCUGAACAGAGGCGUUAGGCAUUCGGUCGACCAGUGUCCUGGAGAGCAAAGCCGACUGCGUCUCGAUCGAGCCCCGGCACCCAGGGUCAAGACCCCUCCCAGGGGCCUGAGCCUCAGUAAACUUAACCUGAAAGGAGCUUCCGAGACCACUGUGAAAAUUUUGAUGCAACGGAAACACCAAAAAGUGUGUUUAUACAAUGGCAAGACGUACUCACAUGGAGACAUGUGGCAUCCAGUUUUGGGGAAGGUUCUGGAAUGCAUCCUGUGUACUUGCAUUGAUGGUCUCCAGGACUGUAAGCGCAUCACGUGUCCCAGUCAGUACCCAUGCCGGCAUCCCAUCAAAUCUGCAGGAAAAUGCUGCAAGACAUGUCCAGAGAGUAAAACUGAAAGUAACCAGACGCAGUGCCACGUUGGGUAUAAAACCAAGCUCCUGGUGUAUAGAGUAGAAUCAUCUCCGAAAGCUGAUUCACAUAACACAGUUAGGAUCAUCGCUGUGGAAAGGCAAAGCACUGCUGAGGUUGAAGUGCAGGUCUGGAACACUGUAGAAGGAAUUUUGCAAAUGAUGGAGAUUGGGGAUGUUCAACGUAAAGAUAUCACGGACCAUCCAGAAAAUUACACACUGCUUACAAUGCUUGAUGAAGAGAUGUGGAAAAAGUUUAAGGAUGUGGGGGAAAAUCUGAGCAAGGCUCCGCAGACCACCAUUUGUGAAGAUGGCAUCCGGGAAAUAUUGACUUUCCUAAAUCCCAAGCAAACUGAGGGCCUGUGUUCCCCUUAAAGUUGCUGCUCAGAAAUUUUGCCGCUAAGAUAAUGUACUUAAUCAACUUAUUCAAGCUUUCCUCUGUGUAUAUGGAACAGGAACUCAUCUGUCAUCCUUGUGCCUUUCAGCCCUGUAACAUAGGCAUAAAAGCAUUGAUCAUUUUGCAAUUUUAUCAUUCUUACCAUGAGGCGUUUUUUGCAUUCAGCAUGCAAACAACGAACCGUAAAUGUAUUCCUGUCUUCCUCCCAACAUGUUGUAUUCAUUUGCAUCACUUUAUGUCAAAGGUAAAAUCCAUAACACUAAACAAAAUAUGAGAGGUUAUGGUUUUUAAUAGUCAUGGAAAAAUGUGAGUUUUUUAUCUCUAUAAUGUGUUUUCUCAUUUGGAGUUUUAUUUGUAAAUUAAUAGCAUAAUGAGUGACCAUUUUUUUGGUUGUUGACUGCACUUGUAAGGGUUGAAGUUGUUCAUGUGAUGGAUUGGCCCGGAAACUGACAAAUAAUUAAGACUGAGGAGUAAAGGGUCGCUAUAUGAAGACUGCAUGUGAAAAGCAGGCUAUAAUGUUUUUGACAGAUGUGAUGUAAAUAUAUGUUGAGGUUUUGUUACCUUAUUUAAAGCAUUCUGGUUUCAUUUAUGUGAAUGUAAGCUAUUUUUAAUGAAGACGCCUGUAAGAUUAAGGGUAAAGAUUGACAUGUUUUUAUUAGACAACAGCUUGUAACCCUUGUGCUAUCCUAGGCACUUUAACAUUGGGAGUUGGGUCAUCUAGACCCACUAGACAGUGCGGUGAACCUUUUUUCUUCAAUGAAUUGUGAUCUUCACUGGUGUCCAUGGAUUACAUGAAAUCCUCUUCACCUUUGUCCACCUGUGUCAUGGUAGAGAGAACACGUCAAUGUGAGGGUGGGGUCAUCUAAGAUAGCACAAGGGGUAUUGGAAUUACAUAUAAUACAACAUGUUUUAUCCUGUUGCAAAGAUUUUUUUAUUUUAUUUUCAUGGUCUGACAACACAAAACAUCAGGAGCAGUUUUAUUUUGCAAAGCUGAGUUUGUUUGCGUUCACAGCUUUAAAGAAAAAUGAAAAAUGUAAAAUAAAAACAAAAUUUUCUCACUA